CAGAAUAAUUUUUUAACACAAAAAAAAACUGGAUUUUUCACAUUAAAAAUAUUCAAAUAAUGCUGCUUAAAACAGCCAUGAUUUUCAGGAGGCCCGACAGUUUUCAGCUAGUCUCCAAUCUGUAAACAUCACAUUGUUACUUUUACUUCUGGUUAUAUCUGUUAAUCUUAAGAUUGUAAAUUUUGAUAACAUUAUUAAAAUGUCAACAUUUGUGCAAGUGCCUGCUGAAAGUGACUUUCCAAUCCAGAAUCUACCUUAUGGAAUUUUCUCGACAUCAUGCAAUGCCAAUCGGCGAGUCGGAGUUGCUAUUGGAGAACAGAUUCUAGACUUGAGCGCUGUUGCCAACUUUUAUCCUGAGUAUGUUCAAAAUGCUUUACGCGCUAAUGUCUUGAAUCCGUUGAUGGCAUUGGGAUAUGAUGCAUGGAAUGAUGUUAGAACUAUAACUAGGGAUUUAUUGCUUGCUGGAUCUUCAUUAGAUAAGAAUGAGGAGCUCAAAAAAAGAGCAAUUUUUAAGCAAUCAGACUCGACAAUGCACUUGCCAGCAAGCAUUGGCGAUUACACAGACUUUUAUUCAUCGAUCCAUCAUGCAACAAAUGUCGGUAUUAUGUUCCGUGGCAAAGAGAAUGCAUUGAUGCCAAAUUGGAAGUACUUGCCAGUUGGAUAUCACGGUCGUGCAAGUUCAGUUGUUGUCUCAGGAACGCCAAUUAAUCGUCCACUAGGUCAAACACAGCCAGUCGAUGGAGAAGCGCCAGUUUUUGGUCCAUGUCGAUUAAUGGAUUUUGAACUAGAAAUGGCAUUUUUUAUUGGUGGCCCGCCAACAAAAUUAGGCGAGCGAGUAACAACAAAAGAAGCAGCAAAACGUGUGUUUGGCUUUGUUUUGAUGAACGAUUGGAGUGCACGUGAUGUUCAAAAGUGGGAAUAUGUGCCACUCGGUCCAUUUACAGCCAAGAACCUUGGAACUUCAAUAUCAGCAUGGGUUGUUCCAGUUGCUGCUCUUCAGCCAUUCGCUGUUCCAAAUUUCCCACAAGAACCAAAGCCAUUCCCAUAUUUGCAGCAUGACGAAGUCUUUAAUUUUAAUAUUGAGCUCUUUGUGGACAUAAAACCUGAAAAUGGUACACAAGUCACAGUGAGUCACUCCAAUUAUCGUCAUUUAUACUGGACUGCAUUACAACAAAUUGCCCAUCAUUCCGUUACUGGUUGUAACUUAAAUCCUGGUGAUUUAUUAGCAUCAGGCACAAUAAGUGGCGAAACAGAAGAUUCAUACGGAUCAAUGCUUGAAAUAAGCUGGAAAGGAACACGCUCAAUAUCCGUUGGUGAAAAUCAGACACGUAAAUUUUUACAAGAUGGUGACGAAGUUGUUAUUCGUGGAUUCUGCAAUGGAGAUUAUCGAAUUGGAUUUGGCGAUGUUCGCGGAAAAGUUUUGCCAGCAAUUCCAUUUGAAAAUUGAAUUUUUCUUUAUUUUUAUGAAUUGGAAAAAAAAGUACAGAAAUAAAAAUAUUUUGUAUCAUCAAUGAA